CUCCCCCGUCUCCUAGCAACGGCUGGAAGCGUUGCUGACUUCCCGGGCGGCGGUGAUACCGGACUGAGCCGAGUUUCGCACGAUGGCGGAGGUGGAGGAAACCCUAAAGAGGAUCCAGAGCCAUAAAGGGGUUAUUGGAACUAUGGUUGUGAAUGCAGAAGGGAUUCCUAUCCGAACAACCCUGGACAACUCGACGACGGUUCAGUAAGCGGGUCUUCUUCACCAGCUGACAAUGAAAGCCAGGAGCACGGUCCGUGACAUUGAUCCUCAGAACGACCUCACCUUUCUUAGGAUCCGAUCAAAGAAACAUGAAAUCAUGGUAGCCCCAGAUAAGGAAUAUCUCCUGAUUGUCAUUCAGAAUCCAUGUGAAUAGGCCUGCUACAGCGCAGCCAGUCCUGCGAUGCCUGGUUGAAAAUGCUUUACUCUUUAAUUAUUACUAAGAUUAUAUCCCCAUCUAACCGACCUUUCGGACACUAUUUUCUAUUUUUACAUUUAAACUAUUCCGCACGUCUCUUUUAGUCCCUUUCGAGUGUAUUGUAACGCUGUGAUUUAGUUAUGUAAUAAAUGAAUUCUG